UCAGGCGCCCACCGUGCAGAAAGAUAAGAUAAAGGCCAUAUAAAAUGACAGAGAUGCGCAUCCCUCCCUCACUGUCAGCUGCACGUAUACAUUGUCUCCUGCCUCCAGCUACAAGAGGGAAUCACAAGGACGAGCGACACACCGUCUCCUCAAACAUCACCUGUCACAAGUUCACAAGAUGUCUCCUAAAGUGCUUUGCGCCCCCGGUGACCUGCGCACAUCCAGAAACUCGCUCAGCAGGUUUUCUCCAAAUGACCCAGUGACUGAAGCUGGUGACACUUCAGAGGUCUGCAGUGAAGUUUUACAUAUAAAAACACAGACUUUUAGCGAAGGGGAAGCAGCCUCAAUGCAAAACCCAAAGCACAAACCCAGAUGUGGGCAGUCUGGACUGAGAGGCAGGCGCAGAAUGAAGGCGAACGACAGGGAGCGCCACCGCAUGCACAACCUAAACUCCGCUCUCAACGCGCUGAGGAGCAUCCUGCCGGCGCUGCCAGAGGACGCGAAGCUGACCAAGAUCGAAACUCUGCGCUUUGCUCACAAUUACAUCUGGGCGCUGACCGAGACUCUGCGCAUGGGCGACCAACUCGGACACGCGCCGGAUUACCUGCAGACAUCAAACCUGAGCAGUCCAACGAGUGUCGCAUCUGCAGAGUGGGACUCAGCAUCACCUGUCGAGUCUUGUUGUAGGACCUCAGCUGACUUUAAUCCAAGAAACUCUUACACAUCUGCUCGUGAAAUGAACUGUAAGAUGUUUACAAGAGAUGAAUCGAGUGUUUUCCCUGUUACCUUUUAUUUCAAGUCAUUCUGUGGUGAAAAUGAUGUCAGAAAUACUUGGCAAUAGACUAUUAACUUUUUGUGAUGUCAAUUUUUUUAUGUUGAACUCUUAACAGGUAAAAAAAUAAUACUUAAAAGGGUCACACAAAGCUGCUGCUCUGCUCUUUAUGGGUUGAGAACUCACCAACAUGCAGCAUGCUUCAGCCCAUACAGAGCAGUGCAGCAUUUUCUACAUUCAGUGUGAAUUUAUUAUCUAACAGCACUUAAUCUGCAUUCACGAGUUACAAAACAGACUUUGUUCAAAAGUAUUGUUAAACAAAUGAGCCACUGCUAUUAUUUGA